CCUAACUAGUCCGAGUUCUUCACCUUUGUUUCAACAACGGAAGUUUGGCAUUGAGCGGGGUAAGAUCUCGCGGGCCGCAAAAUCCAAAAUCCCAAAUCCGAUACCCCUGUCGAGCAGUUGUGUUCAAACAACAACAAAAAUGGCCCUUGGCAGCUUGCCGGAGUUUGCUCUUUUCUUUUGUGCUUCAGGCGCGGAAUCGAAACCAUCCAUCCCGCGACGCGGGCUCUCGUAUCACAGGCGCACUGCACUGUUUCCCAGAGGCCAGGCCCGGAUCUGCGAACGGCUGAUUAAUUGGGAGACAGAUCUCGUGAUGAUGUGGGAUCCUGUUAUGUGCUAAGUAAUGUGUUUGUGUACUGUACUUAGGAGUUGGUGGUGGGUUCGGGGUGAGAGUUUGGGUUUCGGGGUUCUGCAGAAGAUGACAUAAUGAAUAAUGUCACCAAACGAGAUGACAAAGAUUUGAAAACGUAUCGUUUGAAUCCUACUGGUGGUACUCCAUACAGUAAAACGCAUUGAUUCUUCUAACUACAACAUAUAACAUUAUUAAUAUGCUUACCCAAGCUGGCUGGCAAGUCGGAGGGGAGGGUUCCGGACUAAGGUUAAGGUUGCUCCACGGGGCAAUAGACCUGGAUGAUUACAGGAAGAUAAAGAUAUGUGUUGAGGUUGAUAUCAAUGUAUGAGCUAUGACGGCGCUCCUGGGCUGGGUUCAUCCAUCCCUGGAACCCCUAGCGAACGCCUGUUUGCUGGACCGAAAUCCUGGACAUCUGAGCAAGUAACUAACCAUGUUGAGCCUGCUCUAUUCUCCAGCUGAAAGGGCUCUUGGUGCCUCGGGUUCUGCUAAGAAGCCGUUUAUUACACUAUAUCAUCGUGGCUCGCGGCCUAUAUAAGAUAUGCUCAAUGCCCGUCUUCAAGGGCUCAAUUUCAUCAAACACCAACUCAGUCUUCACCAUAGCAGCAUAGGUGAACCGAAGAAACCAAACCGGUCCCCUAUCUACCAACCACAGCCAAAAAAGACCUUCCCAAAACCAAAAAAAAAAAAAAAAAAAAAAAAAAAAAACCCAACCAACAAGGCCCAAAAAAAUGGCACAAACAAUCAAACCCCUCCUCCUCUACGGCACCAUCCUCGGGCCCCCCAACCCCUUAAAGGUAGCCAUCAUCCUCCUCGAACUCAACCUCCCCUUCACAAUCAACCCACUGGGGAUUGCCGACGUGAAAAAACCCACCUUCACCUCCAUAAACCCCAACGGUCGCAUCCCUGCCCUCCACGACCCAAACACGGGCAUCACCAUCUGGGAAUCCGGCGCUAUCAUCGAGUACCUCAUCUCCACCUACGACAAGGAGCGCAAGCUGAGCUUCGAGCCCGGAACCGCAGAGCACUGGCACUCCAUCCAGUGGCUCCAUUUCCAAGUCUCCGGCCAGGGUCCCUAUUUCGGCCAGGCGUCCUGGUUCCAGAAUUACCACCCGGAGAAACUGCCCAGUGCGAUUGCGCGGUAUGAGAACGAGGUGAAGCGCGUGUGCGGGGUGUUGGAUGGGUGGCUGGCGGGGAAGUUGGGGGUUGAGUGGAGUGAGGAUGGUCGUGAGGGCAAGGAGCGCCACUACCUUGUUGGGGACAAGUGUUCUUUUGCGGACUUGGCGUUUAUCCCGUGGCAUGCGUAUGUGGAAAAGGGUGUUAAAGGGGGGUCGAAUGGGGAUGACUUUGAUCAGGCGAAGGAGUUCCCGCAUUUGUAUGCUUGGAUGGAGAGAAUUCAGAGCCGUGAGGGUCCGAAGGAGGUGAUCGCGUUGCAAGACGCGGAGCGGGCGAAGCAGUAGGGGAGGAUGGAUGGAGUAUUGGUCGUCUUUGGCAGGGUGAAAUAGUAAUGUGUAGCAUGUUUUAAUGAAGUAAGUUUGAAAGUAUUAGAACUCAUUGGGCCUUUUGACAUAUCUGCAUAGUUGAAUUCAACAUUUCAGCAUUUCUCAUUCCCGGCAAAUUCUCCUCUUCAUUUCUGUUCUUCUUUUUUCCUUUUUCAAUGUUAAUCCAUAAACCCUGUGCAAUAUUUAAAAAGUAUAAAACAUCAUUAGCAACAGAAUGUCUACUUAUCAUAUUACUACAAGCAUCAAACGAUCGCGUACGCUCACUUUGCUGCUUGCGCAGCCCCUCUACCUCCACUCUCUACUUCUACCCCCCCUCUCCCCCCUUCUUAUCGCCUCUACCACCCCUUCCACCCCCUACCCCCUACCCCCUCUACCAUCACCACCGCCUCUACCGCCCCUACCACUCUCUCGGAGUCUCUCCUUCCAUCACCUCCUUCCACCCCCUAUCACCCCUAUCACC